AUGCGUUCAGAGAGGGAUGGUUUCAUGGCAAUUUCAACAAUCCUCGGAUUCCCAAGAAUGGGAGAGAAUAGAGAUUUAAAAAAGAUAGUAGAAGCAUUCUGGCAAGGAAAGGUGAAUGCACAAGAGUUGGUAGCAGGUGCUGCCAAGUUGAGAGAGGUUCAUUGGGCUCUCCAAAAGAACGUUGGUAUCGACUUGAUCCCAAGCAACGACUUUUCCUUCUAUGACCAUGUCCUCGACCACGUCCACAUGUUUGGUGCUAUCCCAACCCGUUACGAACCAGUUGUUGCCUCUGAAGGUGGUGUUGCCUCGCUUGCCACCUACUUUGCUAUGGGCCGUGGACUCCAAAACCAACAGGUCGAUGUCUGCAGUAUGGAGAUGCGUAAGUGGUUCGACACCAACUACCAUUACAUGGUACCAGAGCUCCAAGCCAACCAGACAUUCAAGCUUACCAACUCUGUCAGCUCUACCCAACACCCAAAGAUCGUCGAAGAGUAUCUCCAAGCCAAGGAAGCCCUCGGUAUCAACAGCAAGCCAGUCCUCAUUGGUCCAAUCUCUUUCUUGAUGCUCAGUAAGAGUGCCGACAACAAGCAAUAUGCCAGUCUUUUGGAUCCACUCGUUCACAUUGACUCGUUGCUCGCCGUCUACACUCAAAUCGUCACUCUCCUCCAAUCACACGGUGCCACCGACUUGCAAGUCGACGAACCAUUCCUCUGCUUUGACUUUGAAGACAGCCAAAUCAACACUCUCAAGCCAAUCUACCACAAGGUCCUCACUGCCCUCCACACUGCCGCUCCAUCCCUCCGUAUUCACCUCACCACCUACUUUGGUGAAAUUGGUUCCAACAUUGUCCUCAUCAAGGAUCUCGACUUUAUUCACUCUGUUCAUAUUGAUCUCACUAGAUCUUUAUCAAAUGAUCAUUUAGAUACUUUAUUACUUUCAUUUAAUAAGAAUUGGAAUAUUUCUUUAGGAUUAAUUGAUGGUAGAAAUAUUUGGAUUACAAAUUAUCAAAAGAAAUUACAAGAAAUUAAUCGUAUUAUUAAUCUUUUAAAGAUUGAUAAAUCCAAGAUUAUUGUUGCCAGUUCAUGUUCACUUUUACAUAGUCCACACAGUGCUGAAAAGGAGAAGCUCAAGCCAGUUGAAUUGUUGGAAUGGUUAUCAUUUGCCAAGGAGAAGCUUGCCGAAGUUGUAUUCCUCACCAAGGCUGUCAAUGCCGGUUACGAUGUCUCUGGAAACGAUGGAUCUGUAGUCUUGUUGGACUCUGGUUUGCAAGAGGCCUAUGCCACCAACUUGGCCAAGUGUGCCCGUCGUUCCACCUCUGCCAUCAUCCACAAUGUCGAUGUCAAGGACAGAGCCAACAAGGUCACUCAAGACAUGUUUUCGAGAAACAGUGUCUUUGAAAAGAGAAGAGUUGCCCAAAGACAAAGAUUAGGUGCCGUCUUGCCAGCUCUCUAUCCAACCACUACUAUUGGAUCGUUCCCACAAACUGCCAAGGUUCGUCAAGUUCGUAGCCAAUACCGUAGCGGCGCCAUCUCUCAACAAGAGUAUGACCAAUUUAUCCGCGAGGAGAUUGCCAGAACCAUCCAAAUCCAAGAAGAGUGUGGUCUCGAUGUAUUGGUGCACGGCGAGUCUGAGCGUACCGACAUGGUUGAGUUCUUUGGUGAGUAUCUCCAAGGUUUCUCAUUCACCUCGAAUGGAUGGGUGCAAAGUUAUGGAAGUCGUUGUGUCAAGCCACCCAUCAUCUAUGGUGAUGUCCAACGUCGUUCGCCAAUGACCGUUGAGCUUGCCACCUACUCUCAGUCACUCACUACCAAACCUGUCAAGGGUAUGCUUACCGGUCCAGUCACCUGUCUCCAAUGGUCUUUUGUCCGUGACGAUAUCCCACGUUCCGAGACUUGUCUCCAAUUGGCUCUCUCCAUCAGAGACGAGGUCGCCGAUCUUGCCACCAUCUCCAAGCUUGCCAUCGUCCAAAUCGACGAGCCAGCCAUCCGUGAAGGUUUGCCACUCCGUCGUAACCAAUGGGACAACCAUCUCAAGUGGUCUGUCAACUGCUUCAAGUUGGCUACCUCUGGUGUCGAAGACAAUGUCCAAAUCCACACUCACAUGUGCUACAGUGAUUUCAACGAUAUCUUCAAGUCUUUGCAAGAUAUGGAUGCCGAUGUCUUGACCAUUGAAAACUCAAAGAGCGAUGCCAAGUUGUUGUCUGCCUUUGCUUCAAAUGGAUACACCAAUGAAAUCGGUCCAGGUGUCUAUGACAUCCAUUCACCACGUGUCCCAACCGUCGAAGAAAUGCUCCACAGAGUUCAACAAAUCAACAAGUUUGUUUCAAGUGAAUUGCUUUGGGUCAACCCUGAUUGUGGUCUCAAGACUAGAAAUCAUGCUGAAACUAUUGCUGCCCUCAAAAAUAUGGUUCAAAUUGCUACCGUCCUCAGAUCAUCAUCUACUACUGCUACUACAACUAGUGCCUAA